GAAGAGGUGCCCCUCCUCCAGCCCCACAGCCCAGGACCUGCGUCUCCCUGCCUGGCUUCCCGCUGGCUUGGGAAGAUAGAGAAAAGAAGCCCUCACUGGGGGCAGGUCCCACCCAAGGUGGGGCCAAGAGCUGUCCAGGCCUGGGCCUGGAGGCAGGGCUGCCCUCUGGGCGUCCCUCCCAGUCUGGGGUCUGGGCUGCCAGGCAGCCAGAUGCUGACCCAGAAGGCCCCAGGCAUCUCCUCUGAGCCCAGAGGACUGGCAGGUUCCUUGCGGGGAAGAGCGCCUCCUGGGAGCCCCCUGGCCCGCCCGAGCACAGCCAGUAUGCCCAGGAUCACCCUGGGCGGCGUGGUGGUGGACUUCCCUUUCCAGCCCUACAAGUGCCAGGAGCAGUACAUGACCAAGGUCCUGGAAUGUCUGCAGAAGGUACCGCUGCGCGCCACCGGGGUGUCCACCGGGGUGCGUCAGGAAGGUGCAUGGCCUCCUGGAGAGCCCCACGGGCACGGGGAAGACACUCUGCCUCCUCUGCACCACACUGGCCUGGCGGGAGCACCUCCGAGACUCCAUCUCCGCCCGCAAGAUCGCUGAGCGGGUUCCAGGGGAGCUCUUCUCUGAUCAGGCCUUGUCCUGGGGGAAUGCUGUUGCUGUGGAUGGAGACCCCAUAGGUGACCCUCUGGGUGGUGGGGAAGGGACAGAACUGAGGACAGGACAAGUCCAGCUGGCUUCUGUCAUCUCUUGAGUAGAGUUCAGCAAGCAUUUUGUAGCUGACACACCCUUGCCCAUCGUCCUGGGCCUAAGUCUGGGGUCAGGGCGUUCUCAGGAAGCUAGGCAUGGCAGGCAGCUCCUGGCCCGUUUCUGGUGAGCCAGCACCCGGAGUCUGCAGGGCGGUUAGCUGCAUGCCUGGGUAAGGCAAACGCCGUGCCACCGUGGAGUCAUGACUGGCGGUGCUCCCUGUGCCUGGGCAGCUUGCUACUCCGACAUCCCAAAGAUCCUCUACGCCUCCAGGACCCACUCGCAGCUCACGCAGGUCAUCGGCGAGCUCCGGAGCACCUCCUAUCGGCCCAAGGUGUGUGUGCUGGGCUCCCGGGAGCAGCUGUGCAUCCACCCCGAGGUGAAGAGGCAGGAGAGUAGCCACGUGCAGAUCCAUCUGUGCCGCAGGAAGGUGGCAAGUCGCUCCUGUCACUUCUACAACAACGUAGAGGAGUGGAGUCAGGAGCAAGAGCUGAGCAGCCCCAUCCUGGACAUCGAGGACCUGGUCAGGAGUGGGAGCCAGCACAGGGUGUGCCCCUACUACCUGUCCCGGAACCGGAAGCAGCAGGCCGACCUCAUCUUCAUGCCGUACAAUUACCUACUGGACCCCAAGAGUCGUCGGGCACAUGGCAUCGACCUGAAGGGGACAGUUGUGAUCCUGGAUGAAGCUCACAACGUGGAGAAGAUGUGUGAGGAGUCGGCGUCCUUCGACUUGACCCCGCAUGACGUGGCUUCGGGACUGGACGCCCUUGACCAGGUUUUGGAGGAGCAGACCAAGCUGGCCCAGCGGAGCGAGUCCCACCCGGAGCUCAGCACCGAUGCCACCAACUCCGGGCUGAGCCUGGGGCUGGAGGACGUCGCGAAGCUCAAGGCCAUCCUGCUUCGCCUGGAGGCGGCCAUCGAUGCUGUUGAGCUGCCUGGAGACCGUGGGGGCGUCACCAAGCCGGGCAGCUACAUCUUUGAGCUGUUUGCCGAAGCCCAGAUCACAUUCCAGACCAAGGACUGCAUCCUGGACUCCCUGGACCAGGUCAUCCAGCACCUGGCAGGGCGUGCCGGAGUGCUCACCAACACGGCCGGGCUGCAGCGGCUCACAGACAUUCUGCAGACCGUGUUCAGUGUGGACCCCCCUGACAGCAGCCCUGGAUCUGGGGGAGGCCCUGAGGCCCUACAGCCCUAUAAGGUGCACAUCCACCCCGACACCAGUCCACGGAGGACGCCGCAGCGGUCAGAUGCCUGGAGCUCCCCUGCAGCCAGGAAGCAAGGGAAGGUGCUGAGCUACUGGUGCUUCAGCCCCGGCCACAGCAUGCGGGAGCUGGUCCGCCAGGGCGUGCGCACCCUCAUCCUCACCAGCGGCACACUGGCCCCCGUGUCCUCCUUCGCCCUGGAGAUGCAGGUCCCCUUCCCGGUUUGUCUGGAGAACCCACACGUCAUCGACAAGCACCAGAUCUGGGUGGGGGUCGUCCCCAAGGGCCCGGAUGGAGCCCAGCUGAGCUCUGCGUUUGACAAGCGGUUUUCUGAGGAGUGCUUGUCCUCCCUGGGGAAGGCUCUGGCGUUUGCAGGCAACAUCGCCCGCGUGGUGCCCCACGGUCUCCUGGUCUUCUUCCCCUCCUACCCCGUCAUGGAGAAGAGCUUGGAGUUCUGGCGGGCCCGCGACCUGACCAGGAGGGUGGAGGUGCAGAAGCCUCUGUUCGUGGAACCCAGGAGUAAGGGCAGCUUCUCAGAGGUCCUCGACGCUUACUACAAGAGGGUUGCAGCCCCAGGGUCCAGUGGGGCCACCUUCCUGGCCGUGUGCAGGGGCAAGGCCAGUGAGGGGCUGGACUUUUCAGACAUGAAUGGGCGUGGUGUCAUCGUCACGGGCCUCCCAUACCCUCCUCGCAUGGACCCCCGGGUUGUCCUCAAGAUGCAGUUCCUAGAUGAGAUGAAAGCCCGCAGUGGGGCUGGCGGCCGGUGCCUUUCAGGGCAGGACUGGUACCGGAUGCAAGCGUCCCGGGCUGUGAACCAGGCCGUUGGGCGGGUGAUCCGGCACCGCCAUGACUACGGGGCCAUCUUCCUGUGUGACCACAGGUUUGCCCACGCUGACGCCAGGGCCCAGCUGCCUUCUUGGGUACGUCCCUAUGUCAAGGUGUACGACAGCUUUGGCCACGUCAUCCGAGAUGUGGCCCAGUUCUUCCGCCUCGCUCAGAAAACCGUGCCAGCACCCCCACCCCGGGCUGUAGCCACGAGUCUGCGGGAGGAGGAGAGUGCCGUCCAGGCAGCCACGGCCUCCACCUUCCUUCCUCCAAGGAAGGCCAGAAGCCUGGACGUGCAUGUCCCCAGCCUGAGACGGAAGGCCACAGAACCGCCAUCCCCCCGGGAUGCUGAGGCCAGCCUGUGUGUGGAGUACGAACAGGAGUCUGGCCAGGCCCUGCGGAGACCCCUGGGGCUGCUGGCCGCCCUGGAGCAAAGUGAGCAGCGGGCCAGGGGCCCUGGGGACGAGACCCAUGAGGAUGAGGCUUGCAGUCACCCUGGCCCGUCCCCCUGUGCUAAGAGGCUGGCAGGUGAGCAGAGGGAAUGGAGGAAGAGGGUCAGGCUGACCAGCCACCCGGAACCAGUGGCUGACACGCAGGAGAGCAGGGCCAGGCUGUUCAUGGUGGCCGUGAGGCAGGCGCUGAGCCAGGCCAGCUUCCACGCGUUCACCCGGGCCCUGCAGGACUACAAGCGCUCUGACGACUUUGCCGCCCUGGUGGCCAGCCUCCACCCCCUCUUUGCUGAAGACCCCAGGAAGCACAGCCUGCUCCAAGGCUUCCACCAGUUCGUGCGACCCCACCACAAGCAGCGGUUUGAGGAGCUCUGUGUGCGGCUGACCGGGCGGGGCUGCCGGCCUGAGCGCAGCCUUCCCCCAGGGCAGCAGCAGCAGCCCGCCCCGGGCCCCUCUGGACAGACAGAACCUGAUCCCCAGCUGACCCUGUGUGAGGGCACGGCUAGGCAGCUGGACCUGCAAGAGCACCUGAACCACGGGGGAGCCCACCUGUCAACUGGGCCGCCCUUCGCAGGAGGCCCCCACAACUGCCCACAAGUGGGGUCCAGAGCCCCCCGAGCAGAGAAGCACCGCCAGCCUGCUGUGAAGGCCUACCUGGCUGACGCCCGCAGGGCCCUGGGCUCCACUGGCUGUAGCCAGCUCUGGGCGGCCCUGACAGCCUACAAGCAGGAUGGCGACCUGGACAAGGUGCUGGCCACGCUGGCUGCACUGACCACCGCGAGACCUGAGGACUUUCCCCUGCUGCUGAGGUUCGGCAUGUUCGUGCGGCCGCAGCACAGACUGCGCUUCCAGCAGGUGUGCGCAGACCUCACAGGCACGCCUACUCCGGGCUCGGCUGGGGAGCCGGGGCCACCCCAGGAAGAGGGGCCCCCCAUACCCCCCGAACUUGCUCAGGGGACAUCCGAGCCGGGCCCCUCACAGGUGGAGAGGCCCCAGAAGACCCAGAGCAAGAUCUCGACCUUCCUCAGACAGAAGCCAGCUGGUCCCGUGGGGGCUGACGGUGCCACCCAGGGACCCAGCCAGCUCCCUGAGCCUCCCCACGGGCCCAUGCCGUCUGAGCAGGGCUUUGUAUGCCGGGGCUGCGGGGAGGACACGGUGCUCUUCCAGUGCCACUCCUGCGACUUCCACAGCUGCAGGACCUGCUGGCGAGGACACCUCCAGGUCGGCCCAGCCCUGCAGUCCAGGGGGUGGGGCUGCCUGGCCCGUGGUGAAGCAGGAGAGCAUGGUCAGCAGCCUGCUGUCCCUGCAGGUCUCUAGGACAUGCCCCCGCUGCCAUGUUGCCACCAGAAAGCAGAGCGUCACACAGGUCUUCUGGCCAGAGCCCCUGUGAGCACCGCUGGGUCUGCAGAGGCUGCAGGCUACAGACCCCUUAGAGCCCAGCGUGGGCUG